AAGAAAGCAUUUUCUAUCCCUUGAAAAACUACCAGCCAAUCAUCACAGAAGGCAAAACCGAGUUCCAUGGUCAAUCCCCACCACCAGAGUGCUCCAGUUAUGGUGGUGGCGGUGCCCUUUCCAGCCCAGAGCCAUCUAAACCAGAUGCUGCAACUCUCAUGCCUCCUAUCAUCAUCCUACGAACUUCCUGUUCACUACGUUGGCUCUUCCAUCCACAUCCGUCAGGCCAAGCUCCGCUGCUCAACUCCUCUUCUCCUCACCAAAAUCCAAUUCCAUGACCUGCCUAUUCCUUCUUUUCCUUCUCCCGCCCCCACCUGCGGUGGAGAUACUGAUUUUCCUGCCCAUCUCCAGCCAUCCUUCGACUCCUCUCUCAACCUUCGUGAACCUCUUUUGCCGCCCUCAUAGACACACCCUCUCCACAAGCCAAGAAGGUAGUUGUAAUCCAUGACCCUUUAAUGGCCUUUGCGGUUCAGGAUGCUGCUUCUUUUGUUAAAAAAUCAAGGAUUCCGAAAAGAAGAAGAUGGAAUGAAAAAUUGAAUCUCUC